AUGGCUAUCCCAGAGGUCUCCGAGCAGUUCGGCGACUUUGAGGUGCAGACCUACGGCGGCAGCCCCGGCGAGAUUCAGAUGGGCUUCUUCGACCAGCUUCUGGUGCAUGACGGAACAGACCCGCUUGCGCCGUUCGUAGCCGAAGAGUGGAGCAUCAACGACGCUGGUAACGAGUUGACGCUCAAGAUCAGAAAAGGCAUCAAGUUCCAGACUCCGGACGCAUUCGCGGGCAACGACUUCGGCGAGCUGACGGCUCACGAUGUCGCUUGGAACCUGAACCGCCAGAACGCAGUCGUAAACCCUAGCCUUGGCGCCGCUAUCGGCGCUCAGCUUGGCGCAACCUUCGGCGAAGUCUUUCGCCGUUGA